AGCUGCCAGUCUACAUUUUGACGUAGAUUUGCAGACAAAUUUGUCAUACUUAUUUCGCUACAUUGCGUCAGUGUAUCAGGUCAAUUGGCACGUCCAACACAUAUGCACAAUUAUCGAUUUCUAAAUUCAAUUGUUUUUACACAAUGGUUAAAGUUAAAUACAAAAUUAAACGAAAAUCUCGCAAUGAUUCCAAAACUAAGAAACCGGUGUCCAAAAAAUCUAAAAAAUUCGGGGGACGAAUUCCUCGAAAAAAUAUGCCAUGUGGCGUCUGUGGGGAGAAAGCAAAAGCUCAAAAUUACGGAGGCAUUUCUUGCAAUUCUUGCCGGUCGUUUUUUCAUUAUUUUGUCAUCAACAAGGUCGAGAAUCCUACGUCAUUCCGACAUCUUAAGAAAAAUUGCAAAUUUGCAAAAAAUUGCACAAUUAACAAAGUUACGAGAAAAAAGUGUAAAACGUGUCGAUUCUUUAAAUGCGUAAGCAUUGGAAUGUCGCCGGUUUGGGUGUGGAAGGAGUAUCAAAAAGCACAAGAGCUUAAACAGCAAAGAAACCCGACAAACAUUUUCAAGAUUGAAUUAUCAGUAUUAAGCGAUGAGGAUGUUGAAAAAAUUGGAAAUUUAUCAAAAUUCUAUCAAACGGCGUGCGAAUUAAUUCCCUACACGUUUCUAACGCGAGAAGAAAAUGAAGUCUUGAGCUAUACUAAAAUCUUUUUGAUUGAUAUUGGCUUAUUGUCUACGGCGAUUAGAAGGUUCGUAUGUUUUGCAAGGAUGCUUCCCGAAUUUGCAAAGCUUAGCUUGCACGAUCAAGCAAAUUUGUUGAGGCGAUCGGUCAUGGAAAUGUUCCUUUUGAGAGAAGUGAUAACGUAUGAUAUCGAGAACCGCAAGUUCGGUUCGUACACGGACGAAUUCCCUGAGAAAUUACCCGUCCUCACGGAAGACGAAUUCAUAUCCGUAAUUCCAAAGCACGUGAUGGAACUGUAUUUCAACUUGUACAAAAGAAUUCGAAGCAUUGCCCCCGACGAUGAAAGUGUCAUGCUUCUCAUCCCAAUAGCAUUGUUCUCAGACUCUGGUGGAAACGAAAAUUGUACCGAUUUUGAUGACAGACCAGCAAUCAAUUCGGCACAGGAACUUUACACCGCAUUAUUGGAGAAAUAUUUAAAUGCAACGCAGGGAAGGGACAAGGGAAAGAUGCUGUUUCCCAGGUUGCUAUCACAACUUAGCGCAAUAACGGAAGUGAGUCACCUGCAUCAAGGUCUGCCCCUCAACCUGAGCGAUGACCAAGUUGAUAAAAUGCACCAACAUUUGCACCGACUUCAGAUGAAAACUUGUGAACAACGUGUCAAUAACCUUCGGAAUGAACAGCUUAACGAAAACAGGACACACAUGGAACAACAAACCGGAGAACAAAGGGAGUGCUGCAAAAAAUCUGUUCUGUUUAAGAAACCUGUUUCGAAAUUAGAAGUUCCCACUACAUCCGAACCGGCAUCCGAAACACUGCCCGCAUUAAUUCACACCUUUGUCAACAUAUCGAAUGAAUUUGGAAUUAAGCAGGAUUAUUUUGAGUCAGGUCCCCAUGUCGGCGUCGAAAAAGCUUUCAUGCGUCGAAUGCCACAACUUUUGAAGAAUCCGUGGGAUUCUUUGGUAAAUGAGGUGGACAAAUUAGUAAUUUCGGAUGGUAUAACACUAAAAAAAUGAUAAAUAGUUGUACACACUCUUAAAAAUGAUAAUAAUAUGACGCAGUCGGUAUUCUAUAUUAAAUAAAGUAUACUAAAUCCAGAGUAACGUAAGUUUGAUAAAGCGUAAAGUUUACGAUGGGAAUGUUCAUAAAAUAAAUACGUGAUUUACAAUUUAUUUUUAAGAGUGCGCUUUGUCAGCAGUGUUAGUGUAAUUUACACAAAAUUGAACAUGUAUGUAUGACGUGAGAAUAUAGAUAUGUACGGGUAGAUGUUUAAAUAUGUAUUCAUUAAUCCUAAGUGUUGAUACUACAUAUUUAUUGUUCUUUCCAUGAAUUCAUUUUACAUAGAUUUAUUUCGAAAAAGCUAAACGACCAGCGCCGUACAUAAGUGUCCCUAUCACAUAAGUACAUAAGUCUUGAUUAUACGUACAUAUGUACAUUAUUUAUUUAAUUAAUUAUUAUUGCAUGAUUUAUUUAAUCCAGCAAUUAUUAUUUAUUUAUACAUACUCAUUGAAAGAUGUGUCACACUUAUUGAUUUUUAGGCGAAAUAAGUAAACGGAGUAAAAGUUUGUCAAAAAUCUUCCCA